GUUCUCCUUGGGGUUGAUAAAAGGCAGCGUGAUCCUUGCCGUGAACCAGGUGUACGCAAGUGCGGAUCAGACGUUGAAGUUGAAGGCCGGAGACGAGAUAGCUGUGAUCCCACCAUUGAGCGGAGGUUAAAAGGUACCCCAUGGAUACAGUUAAGUUGCUUAGUACCAAAAUCAGCAUAGAAGAAGUAGCAGACAUUGUCGGUUCACCUUCCUGUGGCGCUACGUCACUGUUCGUUGGCACAACGCGGGACAACUUCGACAACAAAAAGGUAGUCCAGUUAGAAUACGAAGCCUACGAAGCAAUGGCUGAAACAGCCAUGAAAAAAAUAUGUUCGGACAUAAGGGGAAAAUGGGAGGUUCAAAACAUAGCAAUUGUCCACAGACUUGGUGUUGUCCCGGUCAGAGAGGCGAGUGUCGUCAUUGCUGUCUCGUCCCCACACAGAGCAGAAUCUCUUGAAGCAGUUCAGUUUGCCAUCGACGCUCUCAAGUCGCUUGUUCCGAUAUGGAAGAAGGAGGUUUACGAAGGGGAUACAGGACAGUGGAAAUCCAAUCAGGAGUGUGCUUGGACGUAACAUUUCUACCACAUAGUACAGUGAAAUAUCAUUACAGCCUACCAGAAAUAUUCCUCAAUGUUGGUACUUAAUAACAUUGUUUAAUGUUGAACAAAUUUUGAAGGGAGAUACUAUGGUGUGAAAUACCACUGUUGUGUGUUUUUGUUGACUUUUAGGGCAUCUAUAAACCUUUGGUAGAGUAUAUUUUUUAGUGUGUUGCGGCUGUAAUAAUUUUAUUUUAUUGCAUACUGGAUGAUCUUUAUUAGUGUUCUGGACAGCAACACGAUGGGCCUAAGGUUUCAGAUGUUGUAUCAUUUUAGAGGAUUAUUAAAGAUGGGUGAUAAUAGUGUUCCUAUGUUAAACGUAUAAUAGUUUCUUUGUAUUAUGACAUGGCUGUAGAGAACAUUUACAAUUAUCAUAGUAUUUUCUGCAGUGUAUAUAGCUGUUGUUGAAAUGUUACGAAAUUAAGGUUUUCACUUAUAGUGAUAAACUUAAUGUUUUGAAACUUUUAGAAACUUUAUAUAAAUAUGCAUUUGCUUAUCACAAUAUUAUACAAUUGUUUUGUUCCUAAAGAAUAUUUUGUGGCAACUAUGUAAUGCAGUUAAUAAAUGUAGUAUAUUUUUACAAUUUACUCUAUUAUCAUUACAUAUUAUCAAUAUAAAUGUUGCAGAUAAUGAAAAUGCAUUUUGAUACCUUUCUCUAACAUAGAGAGAGUCAUCCUUAAAAUGUUUUCUUCAAGAUACGGGAUCAUUUGAGAAGGGAAAAUUAAAAGAUUUAUUCUGUGGUAAAACACUAAAUGUGUGAGUGGAAAGACCUGUGUUCAAACCCCAGUUUGGCCGUUCUGAUUUUCGUUAACCCUGAUUUCAUAAAAUCAUUCCUUAAUA